CGAUUCGUUCGUCAAACUGUGGCCGCGCCCAGCGACGACACAUGUUCUCCUCCUCCGUGCCGCCCUACUAUGGUGCCCCGUCCUCCUCCCAGUCUUACAGCAGCGAAGGCUGUACGGCGCCUCGCCGCCCUCGUCCGCCCCUCCGUACGGCACGCUGCCGCACUCGUCCGCGCCAUAGGGAAUUGUAGCAUGUCUCUCCUUCCUCGUCCUCGUCCUCCUCUCAGAUUGAGCCAUGGCUGGUUAGGGUACGAUCUGGGAUUUGAGGCCGGGGGUUAGGGUUCGGGGGAUUUUGGCUAGAUGGCCACCAACGAGGCCGUGAGCAGCUGCUCCAAGAUCUACGUGGAGGUCUACCCUCCCUCCUCUCCCUCAGGCUCAGCAUGGCUGUUGUGCUUCUCACUUCUCUUGGCUGCUCAGAACCUGUUCGAGAAAAUGCAUGUGUGACUUGUUUGAAGUGUUACUUACAAGCAUCAUCGUUUGCUCCUGUGUUGCGUCUAGGAGAAGCUGUAUAUAUAUCAAGGAGGUAACGGUGGCCAGCCAGGAGAUGGUGAAGGAGCAUGUGGACCAGAUACUGCUUGAGCCCGCCGACACGGAUGUCACCUUCCUCAUGUGACCUAUUCUCGGCAGAGGAGAUGGAGUGGAAGCACAGAUUCAGGAACUUCGGUGUGGAAUACAGAAAAUACAGAGAUGAUGUUAUUAUGAAGAACAACUACAAGGAGAAUAUGAUGGGGGUGGAAGUAAGCAAUCCACGGUUCUUUCGUGCCCUUGACCUAAGGUUGAGCAACAUCCUUCCUACCAUGAGCUUUGAUAACUGUGAUUUUCACUUUUCAGUUGCUCCUGUCUCUUGUCUGAAGUGGAGCAAGAAAGAAGUCGUUGCAUUUCCCAAUCUCUUCACCUGACAGAGUUAGGACAAGAUGUAGCUGACAGGCAAUGAGGACAGAAGCAGCUACCCUAUGCUUAUCUACCAGUGUGUUUUGUGGGUACAACACCCUUCUUCAAAUUGGCACCUGAAAUUUUGUUGUGAUGUUUGCCACUUUUGCCUAGUAAUAAUCUGAAUGUGGAAUGUUUCAGUUUCACUGUAAAGAGUCAAAGACUGGUAUGCUCUGGGCCAAGCAUGCCCCCUCCCUCAUCACUAGGUGUGAUAACUGGUAAUGUAGUAUUAGUGCUACUCUAUAUACUUUCUGGAGUAAUGUAACGCUUUCGAGAUUUGGCAUAUCAAUAUAUUAUCUGUGCAUUUUUUUUA